AUGUCCGACCGUGGCAGCGCGGGUGAAGUAGCCGAGUCUGCAAAAGCCGCGAGAUUCUGGCUCCUCAUGUUCAACCUGGCCGCUGUCCUGAUAUUGUCCAGCGUAGACAUGAACAUCGUCGUUACGGCAGUUCCUAGCAUUACAACCUAUUUUCACACAGUGGCAGAUGUCGGGUGGUAUUCUUCUGCAUUCAGGCUCAGCCAAUGCUCCUUCCAGUUUGUGUUUGGCAAGGCCUACCAGCUCUUCUCUAUCAAACGCGUCUUUUUGUUUGCCAAUGCUAUCUCGAUAGCAGGUUCGUUGCUCUGUGGGGCGGCCACUACAUCAACCAUGCUCAUCGUUGGGAGGACUGUUGCUGGACUAGGAUCAGCUGGUCUUCUUUCAGGGUGCUUCGUUAUCCUCGUGCAAUCCACACCUUUGCGCAGACGACCAAUAUUCACCGGCAUUAUGGGUGCCGUCGAAGGCCUGGCGACACUAUCUGCACCACUUCUUGGUGGAGCGAUUGUGCAGUCAAUUGGCUGGCGAUGGUGCUUUUACAUCAGCGCACCUCUUGGUGCUGUUGCGCUGGUGUUGACAAUGUGUUGUUUCUCAGAUUUGCCGAAGUCUAGCGACAUUUCGCGCCUGGCAAUUAGGGAGAAAAUCUUGCAACUAUACUUGGUUAGCAAUCUGCUGUUCAUACCGGCGAUCACGGCCCUGUUCCUUGCCAUUCCGUGGGCCGGUACGAAGUAUUCCUGGGGUAGUGGCUUAGUGAUAGGCUUCAUUAUUGCCUUCGCUCGCCGUAGCGUGAUCGCUGGAUGUAUAUUCAUUAUAUGCGGCAAUAGUACUGACAGUGUACUUGAGUAUUAUCUGCCUACUUACUAUCAGAUUGUACGUGGAUAUACUCACACCCAGAGCGGCUACAUGAUGCUUUCUAUUAUAUAUCGCCGCUUCGCGGAGUUAAUUAUAUACACUGCGUUCUCGGGCCUUGCAUAUGGCAUCGACUUCUCCGGACCACAGAACGCUGUCCAAACAGUGUUACCUGUGGAGGACGUGCCGCUUGAUACAUCCAUUAUGCUUUUCGCCCAGUCUUUCGGUCCAGCUGUUGCGAUUGCAAUUGCACAGGUCCUCUUCGUCAAUCAGCUGUCAACUAAUCUCAAUGGUCUCGUACGCGAGAAUCUCGUGGCAAUUGAUAAAAGCCUUAUACAGACAUGGUACUUGGUAGUUGCACUCGCAUGUGGCACGAUGAUUGGGAGCUUGAGGAUAGAAUGGCGCUCCGUGAAGUCGAGACGCGACUAG